CUUCACUUCCCACCACCAUGUCGUCGACGUCCAAACCCCUCACGCCCGCGCAGACACACGCCCUGUUCGACAUCCUGAUCCACCACCAGGUCUACGCCGAGAUUGAAGCCUUCAAAUACCCCUCGACAAUCGACCAAUAUGGCUACCCUUUUCGCAAAGCAGAUGGCGUGCAGACGACGAGCCCUUUGCUGCAGAACAUGCUCAACAAGUUUGCGCUAUGCAACCCUGCCUUGAGAAACUUUGGGGAGACAUGGUGGUCCGAAAAGAUCCAGAUCCUGGUUGCACGAAUGGCCGAGGCGGAGCUGAGCGAGAGUUAUGACAAGGGCGCCAUUGGUAGUCGAAAGGCUCUCGCGACAGCCGCGAGUAGUAUUGCCGAGUAUGUCGCGAGAGGCAUGCUGGGCGGCUAUUCGGGGUUGAAGACCGAGGAAAGCAAGAGGGAGUACGAUACCAGCAACCCCAAGGACGUUAUCCAGGGCUUUGAAGAACUCGUGCGCGGAGCUAUAUAUGGCCAUGCCCUCGAUGAUCUGUACGAGAAGGUUAAGGAGUCUCCGCGGCUUGAAGAUCACUCAAGCAGUGUGCAGGCAGCCCAUGAGUACAUGCUACUGAAUGCUGCCUCCUUCCUCCAUCACGUCUUCGUAAUGUCACCCGAUGGCCAGUACCUCGUCCGUCUGGUCGAAAACCUACACCGACUCAUUCCAUAUACCGUUGUCAAACAGACACUCCGCGUUGGUAAUGCGGCUACCAUGAUAAACGGCAUGGUCAGACUCGUCUUGGCAAAGCUGUCGGUGACGGCGAUGACUAACUGGAUAGGUCUCACCAACAACUCAAAUGACGGCAUGAACCUCCUCCAACAGAUCCUCUCGACUAUACUAGCAUGGGACACGUCAGAGUUUCAGAAGCGCGCAACGAAGCUCGAGGCAUCGCGCAAUGCGCCCGACAAGAGAGUCUUCAAAGCUAUCAAGACGUUUGUCUUUGCCUCAAGAGACAAGCAUGAAGCGGCAAGGAGCCAAUCUAUGUCCGAGUCAAAGUCCAUUGUGGCCGUCGUCCUUGAGACUGCUGACCCACCGUACAAGAUCGAUGCCGAGUCACUUAGCGAACACCAACACAGUGUAGCUAUGGAGUAUCUCGGCACGUAUCUCUCCAUCCGUGACCGCGAGGAACUCACCAAGAUCCUAUGCAAGUCUAAUCCCGAUGUUCUUACGUCGACAAUCCGAGACGCUGUCGCAGGAAUGGAUCCCGUCAUACGGGCAAUUCACAACGCUGUGGAUCUAUCAGGCACCGUCACAGAUGCCGAGGUUUUCAUUACCGAUCUGAUCAAAACCGCCAAGCCUAAGAAGAAGAGCGGUUUCAGAAGUCGGGAGCCUUCUAAAUCACGGCCAAGCUCACCAGAUCCAGCCAGCAUCAUGGACCAAGAAGCGAGUGACGCUCCUACAGUAGAGGACUUUGUGCAACUCCUCAAGAGGCACGCGCCAUCACUGCACAGGUUCCUACACCAAGUCACCAAGAAUGCACCGGACCUCGCGCAAGACUAUCUGGAAUAUGCCAAGCGCAUGUUUUCAGAAUUUCGCGUCGACCAGCGUGCAUUGGAAGCAGAAGAAAGAGGUGAAGGUGGAGCAGGAACCAUGACUGCGCCGCUCCAUGCUAUUUUCGAGACGAUGAGCAAAGAAAAGCAGGAGGAGUUGAAAGAGCUUCUCGAUAAACAUGAGAAGCACCUGUCAAGCCUCAAGUCAACAUCGGUGUCACGUCUGCAAUCAAUCAUGCAGCCAUCAUCCUCAUCGCAGAACGGCCAUGGCACGACUCACGGCCCCGGCAUGUACCUCUCCCGAUGGAAUGCUCUUCUGGACAGCACGCUCAUAACCCCUGCUACCAUCUAUGGCCCCGUCCGCAGAGGCUGGGAAGUCAAAGGUGAGCUCGAUGGCAAGGGCCUCAAGACUAAUACGACCCUCCUGAGCGAAAGGCACUCCAAGCGUGACCGUGUCAGCACUAUGAUGGCUGAGGGCACGGGAGACCGGAUAGAACGAAAGGAGAGAAAGCGCGAUGGUCUAGAAGAGGAAAGUAUGGAGCUUGUUUGGGAGAGUAUGAGAGACGCAUGGGUUGGUGUCUGUCGCGGACUAGAGGUCAUGGGGCCAGACUAAGCGGUAAGACGGGUGAAUCAAAAGGGCGAUCAUAAUUAUUAAGCCUUACUGGAUACACUCGACUAGAUGAUCACUACCCAACGGGAUAUUUCUAAUAUUUCUUGUUUUUGCCUGCAUUUUCGCACGGCAACAUAGACGACACGGCCUUGUAAUCCUAACCACCUACACGCAUAGAAAGCAAGCAAUAUACGAAGCAACUCAACACGGCAUUGCACAUUCGUCCUCGCGACACACACAGACAAAA